UACAACAAAAAACACAAUCAGUCGAACACGCAGUAGCCGUACGUUAACACUGUAUUGUUAAUACUUGUUGCCUACCUAUUUUGUUUUAUUGUGUGCGUUUUCCCGUUUAAAUUUUCAGCGUUUUUGUGGAAAAACAAAUUUAAAAAAAAACAUGGCCAAAUCGACAUUGCUGUUGUGCUGUUUGUACUUUUUGGCGGUCGUUUCGGUGGCGUUUUCCGCCCAAGACGGUCAGCUCAAAGUCACCAACACGGUCGUGGUGGACGAGCACUUGGCCGCCGCCGAAGUCAAAGAGUCCAACUUGAAAAACAAAUGCUACGACAUAAACACGAAGAGUUCUUAUAAAAUCGAUUCGGUGUGGUAUCCGGAGAACAAAUGCGAGAAGUAUACGUGUACGAGGCAAAAGGGUUCGAAAACGCCGUCAAUCAAGACUAUGGAGUGCGAGCCGUGCAAAAAUUGUCAAGCCAGCCAAGAAUGCGUAGCGCUGAAGCCGCAAAAACAAUAUCCAAAGUGUUGUCCACAGUGUACGACAAGGGAUACGCUGAAAAAAGGUCACAAAAUGUACAAGCCAACACGCAAAGUCCGCUGAAACACAAAAUGUUUCGCCCGUCAAUAAGAAUAUAAUAUAAUAAUAUAUAAAUAUAUAUAUAUAUAUAUAUAUAUUAAAAUCGUUAAUAAAAUAAACUAUAAAUAUUUGUAAUAGUA